GGAAGUGUCAGACGCGGAAGCACGAGUUUGCAGAUAAAAUAGCGAUUUCGAUGAGCAGGAUAGUGUAAACCUUUGGUCAACAGCCCGUGGUCAACAACUAGACCAGUUUACACAAGCACAUUUUAGAUAAGUGCGUAUUGAGUUGAGUGCAUUGUGCUAUUAUGUCGUCGAACGGAGAGCUUAUUCUGCGCACGGUGGAAACGCCACUUUUUUGGAUUGGUGUAUUGACUACGGCCUGGGUGUCAGUGUGCUCCAUUUAUCGAUUGCUCUCCGGGAUCAGGGUAUGGGUACUGGGGAACGGCCGGUUGGUAUCACCAACUAACCUCGGAAAAUGGGCAGUUGUGACGGGAGCUACGGACGGAAUCGGGAAAGCCUACGCGGAGGAGCUCGCUCGUCGGGGCUUUUCUAUUGUGCUCAUCAGCCGUACUCAGGAAAAGCUGGAUGAAGUCUCCAAGUCAAUUGAAAGUACAUGCGGUGUUGAGACCAAAACCAUUGCAGCAGACUUCAGUGCUCUAGACAUUUAUCAUAAGAUUGAAGCUGGUCUUGCUGGACUAGAGAUUGGUGUAUUAGUGAAUAAUGUUGGAAUCUCCUACUCUUACCCAGAAUUCUUCCUCAAUGUUCCCAAUCUGGACAGUUUCAUAGACACUAUGAUCAACAUCAACAUCACAUCUGUCUGUCAGAUGACACGUUUGGUGCUACCCCGGAUGGUGGAGAGAAAGAAGGGUGCCAUCCUUAACAUCUCCUCAGCCAGUGGAAUGUAUCCUGUUCCCCUCCUCACUAUCUACUCCGCCUCCAAGGCAUUUGUGGACUUCUUCUCCCGGGGGCUAGAUGCUGAGUACAAGAGCAAAGGCAUCAUCAUUCAGAGCGUCCUGCCAUUCUACGUGGCAACCAAGCUGAGCAAGAUCCGCCGGGCCACGCUUGACAAGCCCAGCCCACAGCGCUAUGUGGCUGCAGAGCUCAAUACGGUCGGACUGGAGAGUCAGACCAACGGCUACCUACCCCAUUCUAUCUUGGGAUGGUUGACCACAGCCCUGCUUCCUGCAAGGCUCCUGAACAGUUAUGUGAUGGGAAUGAGCUUGUCUCAGCGCUCUCGCUACCUGAAGAAACAGAAGCAGGGUUAAAGGUGCUCAAGAGCUCUCGCUAAAUUGGACCAACAAUGAAACUAUGGGACCAUCUGCUUAAUUUUCCUUCAUAACAUCGUGGAAUUGAUCACCAAGAACAUGAAAGUGUGGUCCUCUAGUAUGAAAGGUGGCAAAUUACACCUUAGCUUUAGGGAAGCUCUGGUAUAGUUCUUGGUGAACGUUUACGUGUGUGUUCUUGAGUUGAAAAUUGAAGAUUGAGACUUUGAACAAGCUCUUACAUAAAAAGACUAACUCUUAUUUGACUUUAGUUUUCGGGAAGAUUUUGGUAAGUUUACGUACAAAAUUAAAAAAACAGUUCAUGAUCUGUCUAAUUUCUUCUAAAAGGCAUAUUGUUCUUAAUUGCUUGUUCUUAAUUGCUUCAGAUAAUACCCCAAAUACAAUGCGUUGACAUUCUUUUUCUUACAUCCUUUUGUUAGAAGAUAGUUCAUUAAGAUAGUUCAUUCCAAAAUGAUAUUUUUCCUUAAGAUUUCUGAGAACCGAACCCUUCAACCCUUGUUGAAGGGUUCGUAAAACCAUAUACAGAAAUUGUAUAUGGUUUUCCAGGUCUUUAUUAUCUAAAGCAGUUGUUGAUCUUAACCAGCCAGGCGCACUAACAAAUCAGAUAGCCUGUUGUGGAAUCAAUGCCUGACUUGACUCUAAUUGUCCAAUAUUCACAAAAUGUGCAAAAUGGUUUUGUAACAGUUGUGAUCUAUGGUGCGAGAGGAGACCUAGAUUGAUGGGAGAAACAACUACUCCUUCUAGUAAGGCUAUGAAAAGAUUCUCCCAGUUUCCAGUGGUAAGUUAGGUUUGAAGGAAGUUGCACAAUAAAACUAAGUGAUUCUUGGCAGAUCAGUGUGAAUAAAAGUGUGAGAGACGUAAACUUGAAUGCAUAGACAAGUACACCUGGCUUUGUAAUUUACUAUUUAUCCUGGCGAAGGAGGCAGUGUACUAACUACAUCACACUUGAAUAAGUUCAGCAUUUUCAAAGGUUUGACAAUUUCAGCAACAUUUUAAGUUUUGUUGUUACACAUCAGGUUGUCUCGAAAAACGCUCAAUAUUUCUAGAAAAACAACAACCAUACAUUUCCCAAGAAAUGUAUGAUUACUAAGUGAGUGUGUCGUAGAAUUGCUUCAUACUAAUGCUGUUUUGCUGAAUGACCAAUCAAUCACUUCUCACUAUGGAGACAAAAUUGGUAGAUCAAAAUGUUUCUGUCUUGUAGGUCUGAGUUGAGAAAAACUUCCAUCUUCUGGAACAUUGGCAUAACCUCACCAAACAAUCUAAGAUGGCACAUCGUUAUUCAAAAACAAUUUUUUAUAAAAAGUUGGUCAUGUUUGUGAGGACUGAUUCCAAGUAUCAAAGUGUCAUUUUGUUAGGAUGGAUAUAGCUUUUUGGAAUGAAACAUUUGACUUGUGAACAGAUUUUUUGAGGUCAAUGAAAGUAUUAUGGUUUGACAUGCGGCAUAACUAUAUAUUAUUUCUAUACCUCAUAUGAAUAUAUUAGUUAGACUUCACUUUUGUUCAGUUUAAACAAGAUGCUCUUGAGUGUUUUGAGUGGAGUAUUUAGUUCAGUGUGUUUAAAUCCCUGGCCUAGUUACAUCUGUUGUCUAUACACAUUCCAUCAAUAAACAUGCUUGUCAAUGUAA